AUGCAGCGGACAGACUCAUUCUCUCGGCGCUUUAAGGGGGAUGCGGAAUUGACCGCGGCUCCUGCGUAUCCUCGCAGCCGCAGCACCGGUCAGUCCAACAGCUUCGCUCACAGACAAGCCGAUGGGGAUUACAACAGCUACGGUAACUACGAGCCAGAUGCCGGUGGUGACAAUUUCGAUUUUGAGGAGACCACGUGGUCUCCCGCUCUCUCGUCGGGCGGCGAGGUUGCGCGAGAUCGACCCACUCGUAACAACCAUCGCCGAACGCUGUCCGUGUCGUCCGCGCUGCGCCCUCAGAUCUACCACAACUUUCACGACGCUGGCGAGAACCAGAGCGUAGGUGGGGCCGUGCUGGGACUCUACGGAGAGCUGGGCAGCGCGGAAGGGGAGCUUUUGCGGCAGCGCAGCGAGCAGGCCACGAGGAUCCCGGGAUCGUCGUCCACUCCUAACGCGUAUGGCCACAGGGCCCGGUCGUCGCUCGCGGCGUCGCUGGACGGCACAGGCAGCAGCAGCAUGGGGAGCGGCCGGAGCGGCAUCGGUAGCGGCAUCGGUAGCGGCAUCGGAAGCGGCAUUGGAAGCAGUGUGGUGGACAGCGAGGCGCUGUUCGCGGCGAUGCGGGGGCGGCAUCUGGGCGCGGGAUCCGCGAGCAUGGAUGUGGUGCGGCUGGCGGACGCCGCAGGGAGGGACCUGGGGGGGAGGUACGAUAGCGUGGGUGGCGGCAGGUAUGGCGGGAGCAUACGGCUGGGAGGAGGGGAGGGGCCAGGGGAGGGAGUGCUGCGGAGGGUGCUGAGUCACAGAGAGAGUGACUUCGCCAACGGUCAUGCGGGGCGACAGGACGCUUGGUCGGAUCUGUCCACUGAUCCGGGGGGGGGGGCGGGAAGGCGCAUGGGCGCAGAGGAACUCCUGGGGCUGGCGGGGGAGCUCAGGCAAGGCAGAGGCGGGGGAUUUGGCGGAGCUGGCGCGGGCAUGCUGGGGUUCGCGGACGAUAAUUUGGGAGGGGGAAGCGGAGGGGGCGUCGGAGGCGGGGGAGGGGGACUAGUGGGGGGAGCGGGCGCGGGGAUGAGUGGGGGGGGCGGGGCGGGGGUGCAGCUGAAGGCGGUGUUGAAGCUGGUGGAGGCAGCGCACGCCAACGACGCGGCGCUCGUCAACAGCGUGCUGCAGGAAGCCUCGUCGCGCACCGCGCUGCUCAACGCUCUGCACCCAGCGACGGGGAGGACGGCGCUGCACGAGGCGGUGGUGGCGGGCAGCCUGGACGCGGCGGCGCUGCUGCUGGAGUGGGGGGCGGACCCCGACGGGGGCACGGCCGCCGCGGAGGGAGGGCAGUCGCCGCCGCUGAUGUCGGCGGUGCAGGCGGGCAGCGAGGAGGCGGUGCGGCUGCUGCUCACCAACGGCGCGGACAUCAACGCCACGGACGCGCGCCUCUGCUCCGCGCUGCACUACGCCUGCGCCACCGGCCACAGGAGCAUAAUAAAGCUGUUGCUGGUGGCGGGCGCCAACAUGUACGCGCGCAACAGGGACGGGCUGCUGCCACAGGAGCUGACGUCGUCGGACCGCAUCGGCGCCCUCUUCCGCAAGCUGCACGACUACCACCAGCGCUGCGCCGCCCCCGACUCCGCCUCCCCCGCCGCCGCCCCCCUGGACGCCGCCACACGCGCGGGCGCGCUCGGGGGAUUCCGCCAGGGGGAAGCCUUUGCGGAUGGGGACUUGCUUUCAGGGGAUUUGGGAGGUUCGGAUCUGCUGGGAGGCUCGGAGGGAGGCUUGGGGGAUAUUGGCGGGUUUAGGCCUGAGCUGGGGCGGUCUGGGUCGGGGAGACGGUUGGGGUUGGGUUUGGGUGGGGAGGGGGAGGAGGAUGGGGGAAUGGGGGGAGAGUUUGAGGGGAUUGCAGGGGGCGGGGGGAGGAGUCAGAGGGGCGCAGCGUGGCUGGCGGAGCUGAGGGCGCGGACUGGCUUUGAUGCAGGCGAUGGGGGCAGGGACGGUGGCGGAAACAGGGAGCUGCUGCGGUGCGUCAGCAGCAACAGCGGCAGCCAGGGCUUCGGGCACAGCAACAGUCUGAACCAGAACCAGAGCGAGAGACCCCAAGCCCCGCACCAGCGCCACUCGCAGCAGCAGAGCUAUGGCAGUGGCAGCGGCAAUGGCAGGGAGGGGAGGGGGGAGGGCGCGGAGUGGCUUGGGGGAGAAGGGCUGGAGAGUAAGGAGGAGCUGUUUCAGAAGGCGUGGGAGCAUGACAGGGAUGACGAUACCACCUCGCCCACCUUCCCCCUCUCCAUUGCUCCCACCGGUGCUGGUAGGGCAGGUGGGGAUCAGCACGGUGGGCAGGAGAGGGGAGGGGUGCGCGGUGUGGGGGGGGGGAGGAGAGGGGAGGACGGGCGGGAGUGUGACAGCUCGAGUGAGACAGACGGCGGUGGCGAGCGGAGGAGACGCGUGGGUGUGCGGCGUGCAGGGAGCCGCAUCUGCGAUACCAUCGCACUCUCAGUGACUCAGGCCACCGCCCCUCGCCCUCCCCAACCUCGCUCUCCCCCCUGCUCGCCAGCAGCCCCAGCCACAGCUCCCCCGGCAGCACUACCUCCCCUGCUGGAGGCUCGGACUGCCACUCCGACGCCGACGGACCAAACUCCCAGGUUCGGCGGUCCCGAACCGCAAGCCCAGCCCCGGGAAACUCCGCAGGGCGUUCGGUAG